CUCGUCUCCACAAAACCCUUCGCCCCCCAUCCUCUCCGGACGACUCGACUCUCGUCUGCUUGUCUUUCUCUUCGAACAUCGCCCACUCCAAACGAGAAGAUCUCCACAUCUCCUCCCUUCAUUCCCUUCCCUUCCCUUCUCUUCCUUCUAUUCUACUCCUCUUUCUUCUUGAUCCAACUAUUAUUUUAUUUCAUCUGGUGAUGAGGAUUAGAAAGUGUGCCUUGAAGCUGUUAGGCUCCACGAUCGCCUACUUCUCGCCGCCGCCGCCGCAGCCCUGCUCGUCGCUGGCAUGCGACUCGAACGACGCCGCCGCCGCCGCCGCCGCCGCCGGGAUUCUCUGCCAGCUGAACGGCUCCCCAUGGGAUCUCAUACCCAAUGAGCAGAAUGUCGUUUCCCAGGAAGACGAGGACGCCGACCCCAUCGACGACGACGGUAUCAAAGCUGAACGGAAACCCUUCGAGCCUCCAGUUGUCAAGAGUGGUGUAAAUAUAAAGGUGGAGGAAGAGGAGGAGGAGAAGAAGGUGAAGAAGAAAGUGAAGAGGAAAAGAAUAGAGAAAGGGAUGGAUUCAACUGUUGCUACCAAGACUGGUGAGUUUGCUACCCCCUUGUGCAAGAAGAGUGAUGGCAAGGGAUGGCACUGCAUAAGACCGGCGCACCUUCCCCACUCGCUCUGCCAAUACCACCUCACCCAGCUCCGCUCCUACACCAAUAAUAACACUCACAGAAAAGCCCCCGACCAGACAAUCAGAGGCGGCGAUAGACAUUGGAAGAAGAGGAAGGCGGACAUAGCCAGAGAUGGUAAUAACUUCUACUCCUACUAUUAUUCUGGGUUCGGGCCUUGGCGGGGAAAGAGGAGAGGAAGUAGUUAUAGCUGUGAUAAUUUUGGUAAAGUCAUUGAAGAAGAAGGCAGAGGGAAUUCGGAGUCGGCGGAUGGGCGUGAUGCUCCGGUGACCGGUGAUGAUGAGGAAGAUAGCGAGGAGGAGGAUGGAGGAAAGGUCUGCUGCAACGAGGAGGAUAGGAGUGAUGAUGAUGAUGAGGAGGAGGAGAGGAAUUGCAGGAGGAGAGGAAGGAAGCCCGUGAAAGCCCGUUCUCUCAAAUCUCUGCUGUAGCAUCUGCUUGUAAUGCAUGUGUUGUUGUAAUAAUGUAUUUUUUUGGAGCGUCAGCGGAUGAUUUCUGGGAGUAUUAGCUGUAGGUGGGGGUCGUUGUGGACUGGAGCUGUUGAUAUGUCUCAAGGAAGGACGGUACAUGGUUUACUUUUGUAUCUUUAAUUGCUGGUUAACAUGAUGUUCACAUAA